GAGAAAGUUUCCUUAGACUAGAGAGUAGAGAGACACAUUAUUACAUUCCAUUUUAUUUAUUUUAUUUAAAAAAAAAAAAAUCUAUUUAGCAGUGUGGACUUGACUUUUGUUGGUUUCAGCACACGGUGGGUAGGAAGUAGGAACUCAAAGAAGUGGAUGAUGAAGGAAGAGCCAACAGAAGAAUUUACAUCAAUCCACCAACUUUGAUUUUUCUCAAGAUGUCGAAUCCUGCAGGUAUUCUCAAAGUUGUGGUAGUGCAAGGCAAGAGGUUGGUUGUUAGGGACUUCAAAACCAGUGACCCUUAUGUCAAAUUCAAGCUUGGUGAUCAGGUUGCAAAGACUAAGGUUAUUAACAGCUGCCUAAACCCUGUUUGGAAUGAAGAGCUUACCUUUUCCCUCACAGAUUCUGUUGGAACUCUCAAUUUGGAAGUGUUUGACAAAGAUCGGUUCAAGGCAGAUGACAAGAUGGGAUAUGCUCAUGUAAAUAUACAACCACUUGUAUCAGCAGCAAGACUAAAGCAGAUCCUGAAGGUUUCUUCAGGGGAAACAACUUUGAGAAAGGUGAUCCCGGACAGUGAUAACUGUCUUGUGAGAGAGAGUUGUAUUAAUUGUGUGGAUGGUGAAAUUGUUCAAGAGCUAUGGUUAAGGCUAUGUGGGGUUGAAUCUGGAGAAAUUGAAUUGAAACUCAAGUUAGAAAAUCCUAACCCGGAUUCCCUCUCUAGCUAGAACUUUGAUGUAUGGUGUUGGGUUUUUGUUUGAAUGGUCAUAAUUGCUGAGCUAGGAGCCUAGGAGUAGUGAUUGUUACAUGAUUAGUGAGGGAGCUGUAAUAUUAAAUUAUUGUAUGCUAGAGUAUAAGAACAAGCUUGUAGUUGUAGUGGGUCGUGUGAUUUACAAUUUAGGUAAAUGGAGAAGUGAAGGGGUCUGCUGGAAAAAGUUGAUCAAAACAUGUACGCUGUGCAUCAGUGUAUGUUUGUGAUAAGCUGUGAGUUCGUAGCUAAGGUUUCUUUGUUGCUGUUAUAUUGCAUGAAGUCGUCCUACAUUAAGGCCCUUCCACAGUCCUCCGAUCCUCCCCAUGUGUAAUAGUUAACGUCAUGAGCUUGUGAGAGGAUAUAAAUUAUAAAUUGGGUG